AUGUUUCGUUAGCUCUGUACAACAUCCCAAAGUUAGAUUAUCUGCAAGCGUUAUCAAACAAAAGUUUGCCUAGAAAAUGUCAGACACAGACGAAGAUCAGAAUGGCCAAAAGCCAAAGGGCGUGUUCUCCACUUUGAUGGCCGAUGGGGACUGGAUGUACACCAAGGGAGAGUAUAAGAAGGCUAUCAUCAGCUACACCACGGCACUGAAUCUAAAGCCUGAUGACAAGACUUGCUUUGUUGGCCGAUCCAAAUGUUACCUGAAGAUGGGGCAAUCUGAAAGCGCAUUACAAGAUGCAGAGGCUUCACUCAAAGAGGACAAGACCUUUUUCGAGGGAUUGUACCAGAAGGCAGAGGCCUUGUACUACAUGGGAGAAUUUGAAUUUGCCCUGGUGUUUUACCACAGAGGACAAAAGUUACGUCCACAAAUACAGGAGUUCAGACUGGGUAUCCAGAAAGCACAAGAGUCUAUAGAAAACUCUGUUGGAAGCCCUUCCUCUGUGAAACUGAAGAUUAAAGGAGACUUGUCAUUUCUCCAAAAAGAUGAGGAGAGGGCACAACCAAUUGCUGCUAUUGAGCAUCUGAAGAAUAAGAAAAAACAGCAGACCCAGAAGACCCCCAAGAGUGAGAAGACAGCCAAGCAACUGCUGGGAGAGUUUUAUAGUGACAAGAAAUAUCUAGAAAACCUGCUUAAAGAUGAAGAUUUGGUUAAAGGGAAGACAAAAGGAGGGGAACGACUGCAGGACGUCAUUCAGGGAUGCCUCACAUACCUCGACUCUUGCACCGAGUUCUGGACCCAGGAUAAACCUCUCUGUGCACAGGAGAAGGAGCGUAAACUAAGGCAGGAAAAAUGUAGCAAGCCCCGUCAUGGUGCACCCUCUGAACCUGCUCAGUUUCUGCUGAAGAGCCUGGAGGACAUUGACGCGGAGUUGACAUCUGGAAAUGCAGAAGGUAGUCUAAAGAAGGCAGAAGACGUCAUGAAGAUAGUGCAGGGCUGGUCGGAGAGAGAGGUGCCUAAUAAAAAAGAACUUUUGGGCAGCCUGCACAGCUGUAUUGGGAACGCCUUGAUGGACCUGGGAGACAUGGACAAAGCUUUAGACCAUCAUCAGAAAGACUUGGAGUUGGCCGAACAGUGCAAACUCCCAAAUGCAAUGUCCAGGGCUCUGGACAACAUUGGUCGGGUGUAUGCUCAAGUUGGACACUUCACACAGGCCAUUGAGUUCUGGGAGAAGAAUAUUCCUUUGGCCCAUGGUGGUUUGGAGAAGACCUGGUUGUUUCAUGAGAUUGGUUGGUGUUACCUGGAGCUCAAUCACCACAAAGAAGCCAGAGACUAUGGCGUGCGUUCAGUUGCUGCAGCCGAUGAAAUUGCUGAUGAGAAAUGGCAGAUAAAUGCCAAUGUGCUAGUGGCACAAUCAGAAUUGAAACUAGGAAACUUUGAAUCCUGUGUCUCCCACUUUGAGAGAGCCUUGGCCCUGGCCAAACUGCAAGAUGACGACUCUGCGGUGAACGUCAUUCAGAAGGCCCUUGACGAGGCAAAGCAGCACCUACCGCAGUGAGGAGGACCUCAGUCAAGAUUGAUGGUGCCUCAGAGUGCUGAUUGAGAAAAAGACCUUCAGAAGACAACAAUCCUCAAAUAAAAGUAGAACAAAAAGUGACCAAUAAAAGUCAUC